CGUGGCAAACUGUCAAAUGCAACCAAUAAGCAGCAGAAAAAAAAAUCGAAUUUGCGAACUGACGUGGAAGUUCGGUUUUGCUUGGAAUUUUUGUUAAAAACUGCUUUACCUGUGCGCUCAUUCCCAGCGAAAGCUGCAAAUAAUUGCACAACAAUCGCAAGACAACGCAUCUAAGCACAAAUUUCGGCGAAACAACGUUUGAAAUCGUUCAAAUUCGUGAAAACGAGAACGCGAACUUUGAGCUGCAAUUUGAGUGUGUUGUGUCUGUGUGAAAGUUGUUGCUACGGUUUUAUGUGCUCAUAUUGAGUUGCUGCUGGCAUACCAAUAUUUAAAGAUAUGAAUCCGAACAUGUAUGGUCCACCUCCGACACAAUUUCAACCACAAUACCCAGCGGGGCCGCCACAGGGCCCGACGGGUUGGCUACCACAACAACAACAGCAGCAGCAACCGCUGCAGUCGCAGGCAGCCCCGCAACAACAGCAGCCACAUCAACAGCCACAACAGCAGCCACCAACACAACAACAACAACAAUAUGGCGCUCCAGUGACAUCUGCUCAACAGCCAUAUGUAAAUGGCAAUUAUCAGCAGUUGACCACGUCGAUGUCUGGCCUGAGUGUGAGUGCUAAUCCCUUGAAGCCCUCACAACCACCCAUUCCCAUGCCCACAGCUGGAGUUGGACCUGCUGUUGGUGCGCCAUCGGCCCCGUUUAAUCAGUUCAACUCGAAUGCUACGCCAACGUCGCAGCCAAUGCCUCUUGUUGGUUCAGGCAUGAAUUUUAAUAACAAUAACAAUGCGUACGCUGCAGCCUAUGCAAAUGGCUCGACAGCUCCGUCUCCGGCUCCGCCAGUAUCUUCAGCUGGACCAGCAGCAGCGGUUGGGCCAUCGCCAUCGCCUUCGAUGUAUCCGCCCACAUCAGCGGCGCCCCCCUUGGCUCAGUCGGCAUCAGUAACUCCAUCAAUGCCACAGAGCGUGCCCAGCGGCAUUAAUCAGAUGACACUCAAUAGCGCCAGCUUGGCUGGUUUGCCGCACAUGCCACCAAAACCAUCUGUACAACAGUUGCCACCAACAUCCACAACUACUAUGCAGCCACUACCGCCAGUAGCGCAGACAGGCGCAUAUGGACGACCUAAUCAACCGCUGUUGCCGCCUGGUGCCGCUGCACCAACCGCAUUGGCGCAGCCUGGCAUGCCACCUCAGCGUCCAGCAGCAAGCAGUGCUUCUGCAGCUGCAUUCGCGCAGCCUGGCAUGGUGACUCAGCCACCUGUUAGUGGUUCAAGUUCUAUACCGUAUGGAGUGCCACCACCUGUCAAUUUUCAAGGCUCAUAUGCUGGUCAACCAGCUCCGGCUCCGGCUUCAACUGCAUUUCCAGGUGCACCUCCGUUAGCAGGACAGCAGACAGCGUCACAACAGUUUGGCGCAGCUCCACCGCCAGCACUCGGCUUUCCGCCGCAGCCCGGGCAACAGUUGCAGCAGCCAUCCAUGUCUGGUUAUCCACCUCAGCCAAUGCCCGGCUAUCCGCCACAGCCCGGACAGCAAAUGCAGCAGCCUGUGCCCGGCUAUCCUCCUCAGCCUGGCAGCUAUCCUGGACAACCAGGACCCGGCCGCCCUGGCUAUAAUCAGCCGCCCAUGCCGGGAGCUGGUAGUAUGUAUCAACAGGCACCGCCGCGCCGCCUGGAUCCCGAUCAAAUGCCAAAUCCUAUACAGGUGAUGAUUGAAAAUCAGCAAGCAGCUGGUGGAGUCUUUGUAACAAACCAGCCAGGUUUAUUGCCGCCGCUGGUGACCACAAAGUUUGUGGUGCAUGAUCAGGGCAACUCGUCCCCGCGCUUUAUGCGCUCCUCUCUCUACUGCAUACCCAAUACAGGUGACUUGUUGAAGACGACGGCACUGCCCCUAACCCUCAAUAUUUCACCGCUGGCUCGCAUUGGCAAAGGCGAAAUGGAACCGCCAAUUGUAAACUUUGGUGACAUGGGCCCAAUACGUUGCAAUCGCUGCAAGGCCUACAUGUCGCCCAACAUGCAGUUCGUGGAUGCUGGUCGUCGUUUCCAGUGCCUUAUGUGCAAGGUUACAACGGAAGUGCAUCCUGAUUACUAUCAGCACUUGGAUCAUACCGGACAGCGCGUGGACAAGCAUGAGCGACCGGAACUGCUUUUGGGUACAUACGAAUUUCUCGCCACAAAGGAUUACUGUCGAAACAAUACAGCGCCAGAGGUGCCCGCGUUUAUAUUCAUCAUAGAUGUAUCGUACAAUACGGUCAAAUCCGGAUUGGUGCAUCUGCUUUGCUCGCAGAUUAAGAACAUACUCAAGCAUUUGCCAGUGGACCAGGGUCAGGAUAAGUCAAAGGUGCGCGUCGGCUUCAUAACUUAUAACAGCACUGUUCACUUCUACAACAUCAAAAGCAACUUAGCCCAGCCCCAGAUGAUGGUUGUGGGCGAUGUACAGGAGAUGUUUAUGCCACUGCUUGAUGGUUUCCUCUGUCAUCCAGAGGAGUCGGCGGCGGUGAUCGAUGCUCUAAUGGAGGAAAUACCGCGCAUGUUCGUUGACACCAAGGAAACAGAAACUAUACUCUAUCCAGCUAUACAGGCUGGUCUGGAAGCGCUUAAGGCAUCGAAUGCCUCUGGUAAGCUAUUGGUGUUCAACUCAACGCUGCCUAUCGCUGACGCACCAGGCAAGCUCAAGAAUCGCGAUGAUCGCAAGCUGCUUGGCACAGACAAGGAGAAGACGGUUUUGACACCACAAACGACAGUGUACAAUCAGCUUGGACAGGAAUGCGUACAGCAGGGCUGUUCCGUUGAUCUGUUUGUGUUCAACAAUGCCUACAUUGACAUUGCUACCAUCGGUCAAGUGUCGCGUCUGACUGGUGGCGAGGUCUACAAGUAUACAUACUUCCAAGCAGAGCUCGAUGGCAAGCGUCUUAUUGAGGAUAUCAUUAAGAAUGUAUCACGUCCGAUUGCGUUUGAUGCAGUGAUGCGCGUCCGCACCUCGGCAGGCAUUCGGCCCACCGAAUUCUUCGGACACUUCUACAUGUCUAAUACCACUGACGUGGAGCUUGCGAGCAUUGAUGCGUCCAAGUCGGUGAGCAUAGAAAUCAAGCAUGAUGAUAAGUUGCCGCCGGAGGAAAAUGUCUACUUACAGGUGGCCUUACUGUAUACAUCAUGCAGUGGCCAGCGUCGUCUGCGCAUAUUGAAUUUAGCUUUGCGCGUAACUGUUACUAUAGCGGAUGUAUUCAAGAGCUGUGACUUAGACGCCAUGAUGCUUUUCUUUGCGAAGCAGGCGUGUUUCAAGCUGAUGGAGCACUCGCCCAAACAGGUCAAGGACAAUCUCAUUCAGCGAUCCGCACAGAUUUUGGCCUGCUAUCGCAAGCACUGCACAUCGCCGACAUCCGCUGGACAAUUGAUACUACCCGAGUGCCUGAAGCUAUUGCCACUGUACGCGUCUUGUUUGCUGAAGAACGAUGCCGUCUCUGGAGGCUCCGAUAUGACUCUCGAUGAUCGCUCCUAUGUUAUACAAUUUGUGUUAGCCAUGGAUCUGAAUAUGUCGGUCAACUAUUUGUAUCCACGUUUCAUUCCCAUACACACCGUGGAGAUCGAUGAGUCGUCGCUGCCAACACCUGUGCGCUGCACACAUGAAAAGAUCACCGAGGAUGGUGCAUAUAUACUGGAGAACGGUGUGCAUCUGUUUAUUUGGCUGGGCCAGUCUUUGUCGCCCACAUUUGUACAAUCCAUAUUUGGUGUCCAAUGCACGCAGCAAGUGAAUGCCGAACGUUUCGCAAUCACCGCCGAUACGCCGCUAGCACGUCGCAUUACGAACAUCAUUGAUCAGAUUAUGGAAGAACGUACGCGUUACAUGCGGGUCACCUGUGUACGGCAGAACGAUAAGCUUGAAAGUGUAUUUCGGCAUUUUCUUAUCGAGGAUCGGGGCACUGAUGGCUCGGCUAGUUAUGUAGAUUUCCUGUGCCACAUGCACAAGGAGAUCAAGGACCUGUUAAGUUAGCACGUAGGCAAUUCACAUAAAUCGUCGACUGCCAGCAGCUACGGAACUGAGGAGCGGUGGUCCAGAAGCUACUCACAGAAUCGGGCUCGCAUGCGCCGUCUCUCGUUUAGCAGUCGUCGGUUUAAAUGAGCACGUUGGCAUAUUUAUAGCAUAUAGAGCAGACAUAAAUUCAAUUAUACAUACAUAUUCAUAUAUAUAUACAUAUAAACAUUUAGCCGCGAAAUCAUUUCGAGCGUUACAAAUCUUCCAUUAACUUUUAUUAAACUUUCCACAUUUUGCAUGUUCUCUAUAUUGUUUGUCAAUCUUAAGUAUUCCAUAUGCUUGUGUAUGUGUGCAUGUGUGUUUGUGUGUGUAUUUCUGCGCUAUAAACAUUUGUUAAACGAGCAACUGCAAUUAGACAAAUUAUUUUCGAGUUUAUUUGUUCUUUCUUCAAAUUUUCCGUUCAAUUAACUUGGAUAUUUUUAAUAAAAUUGAAAAUGUCAGCACCACAGUUACACGAGAAAUUUUCGUAGUUCAACACGAAACAGUGAAUAAGGCCUGAUGCAAUAAAUAUUGUAUACACAUCGAUUAACGAUAUAGAAAUUAAAGAGUUUCUAAACAACAAGGAAAUUGGAAGAGAAAAAACAAUUUCAUACUUUUGCUACUAUGCAAUAUUUGGUUAUCCGCGCGUAAUGUACUUUUUGUAUCGUAAUUCAAAUGAUUAUUAAUAUCUAUAAAUAACCAUAAAUUUCUUGUGAGAAUUAUUUUAAUAUUUAAUCGGUAUAUGCGACCCCUCUACUUUACAACCCAAAAAUCUUUG